AUGGGCCGCCCUUCGCGGCCCGCCGUCGCCGCCCCUGCAGCAGCAGCAGCCGCCGCCGCCCCUGCAGCGCAAGCCGCCACUGCCGUCAGCGGAAGCCGACAGCAGAGGAAGCCGGCCCUGCAGCGGAAGCCGACAGCAGCGGCCGCCGCCGUCACUCCCGGGGCAGCAGCCGCAGCAGCCGCCGCAGCCGCCACCAGCAGCAGCCGCCGCCACCUCGAUCGAGGCCACAGCCGCCGCCGCCGCAGACUGCAGCUGCCGGUGCGCCUCGGCCCUGCCGGCGCGCCUCGGCCUGUCCCUGCCAGGGAGCCUCGGCCCGCCCCUACCGGUGCGCUUCGGCCCUACCUGCGCGCCUCGGCCUGUCCCUGCCGGUGCGCCUCGGCUCUGCCCCACCACUUACGGCUCUCUGCCCUGGUAAGAGUAUCGCUGCGCUGCGCUGCCCCUGCUGCCAGUGCUGCUCCUGCUGCCACUGCUGCUACUGCUGCCAUUACUGUCAUGGCUACCCCUAGCGUCCUCGUCUUUGAUGCCGAGGGUCGGGCUGUUGACUUUGAGGUUUGGGUCGAUGAUCUGCAGCCUUUUCUACAGUGCGAUAGGAAAGACGGUCUCUCACUGUUUGAUCUCACGUCUGGUGCCUCUCCUGCCCUUGCUACCGAUGCUGACAACACUGUUUGCUCACAGUGGGCCACACGCGAUGGUGCUGCCCGUCUUGCUGUGCGUAGUCACUUGCCGUCCACUGAGCGCGCGCACUUUAGUCAGUACAAGAGUGCUAAGACCUUGUACGACGCUGUCAUUGCACGCUACUCUUCCCCUGCCACUGCUGCUCUUAGCCGCCUCAUGCUGCCGUACCUGUUCCCUGACCUAGCCGCCUUUCCCACAGUCGCUGACCUCAUUACGCACCUUCGCACUAGUGACACCCGCUACCGCGCUGCGCUUCCUGCUGAGUUCUGCGCUAAGAACCCCCCCCCCCCCCCCCCCCCCCCCAUGUACAUCACCCUCUAUUACAUAGUCACACGUCUCCCUGACUCUCUUCGUCCAGUCAGGGACCACUUCCUCUCUGUUUGCCCCACCACACUCAUCGUUGACCUCCUCAAGGAGCGCCUCCUGGCAGCUGAGAAGAGUAUAGUCGCUGUAGGAGCCUCUCGUGGUGACCCUCGUUCCCCCUUCUUUGAGGGGUGCUCCCCCUCCCCCCUUUUGCCCUCUGUUGCCUCUACUGCUACCGUCAACUUCGUUGGCACCGAGUCGGUCGGCGCGGCGUCUGCCCCUAGCAGGAGACGCCGCACCGGCAAGGGCAAGGGGGGCAAGGACGCUGGAGGGGAUGGUGGGGGUGGUGGAGGUGGCGGUGGAGGCGGCGGAGGGAGUGGGGGUGGUGGUGGGAGCGGUGGUGGGGGUGGGGGCUUCGGUGGCAGCGGUGGAGGCGGAGGCGGCGACGGCGGUGGCGGUGGGAGCGGAGGAGGUGGCGGUGGAGGCGGUGGCGGAGGUGGCGGUGGCGGAGGUGGAGCUGGUCGGGGUGGCUCUGCGCAGCGGAGCGGCUUCGGUGGUGAGAUCCCCCGCUGGCGAGAGCUGCUUAGGUCGGGGGUUGCUAUCUUUGAUCUGGAUUAUGGUGCUAUUCUUGCUGCCAUGUAUGUUGUGUCUACUAGUGAUGAGGGUGACUGUUACCUGUGUGUUCUGCCUGACCCGGGCAUUGAGGCUGCUGCUCUAGGUGCUGGCGAGGCUGCUGCUCUAGGUGCUAGUGAGUCUGAUGCCUCAGGUGCUGGUGAGUCUGCUCUCUCAGGUACCAUGUCGGCUCAGGCCAUACACACCUUCACCCUUGACUCGGGUGCUUCCCGCUCCUUCUUCCGAGACCGCACCACACUUACGCCGCUUAGUCGGCCGGUUGCGGUCUCCCUGGCGGACCCCUCAGGGGGUCCUGUCCUUGCCUACUUCUCCACUGUCUUACCGUGUCCGACUGCCCCCUCUAGCACCCUAUCAGGUCUCUACCUCUAG